GAUUCUCAUCGACCUCACACUUCAGUUCUUCAUUCUCUCACCAUGAAGUUCACAUCACAGCUUCUUGUUGCCGGUCUGGCACCUUUGGCUCAUGCAUUCCCUGCCAUGAUGUACGAGGCUGCCGCCGCUGACCCUCAGAUCGAAUCUCGCGCUAAAGAGCUUUCUAAGAUGCUCGAGGCUCGUCAAGCUGGUGCGGAUGCUGCCACAGCACUCUUUGAGCCCACAAACACAUUCAAUGCACAAAAGCAGCUCAUCGAUGUCGGGCCGGGGAGCGGCCACGAGUACGUGCCCCCAGGCUCGGGAGACCUCAGAGGACCAUGUCCAGGCUUGAACGCUUUUGCCAACCAUAACUUCCUCCCACACAACGGAUAUGCCUCAGUCCAGCAGUACAUCGACGUAACCACGAAGGUCGUCGGAAUGGGGAGUCAGCUGGCUUUGUUCCUUUCCGUACUGGGAGGUGCCAUUGAUGGCGACAUUCUGAACUGGUCGAUGGGUGGCACACCGUCCCUUGCGCAGGGCGGCCUCACAGGUGUUUUGGGCAACGGCCUCUCCGGCUCGCACAACAAGUACGAGGGUGAUGCUUCUCCAACAAGGCCCGACCUCUAUGAGGCUGGAAACAACUAUAAGACUGUGACCGCACAGUUCCAGGACAUGAUCAACCACUCGCCUGGUGGUCAGGUCACUCUUGACUCCCUCACACAAUUCCGCUCGGAUCGCUUCGAUACGCAGAUCGAAAACAACCCAAACUUUUUCAACGGACCCUUUACUGGUGUACUCGUGCAGCCCGCCGCCUACACUUUCAUCUACCGCUUCAUGGCAAAUCACAGUGCUGAACACCCUGAGGGUCUCUUAAGCUAUGAUACUAUCCAGUCUUGGUUUGGUGUCGAGGGGACAAACGGAAACUACAACGCCGUGCAAGGAACCGAGCGCAUCCCCAAGAACUGGUACAGGCGUGCCUUGGAAUACCCCUAUGAGGUCGACUACUUCUUGGUCGACACUCUCAAUGCCGCCAAGCUCCACCCUAAGUUCCUCAAUAUCGGUGGCAACACCGGAAAGACCAACUCCUUCGCUGGUGUUGACGUCGCAGAUCUGACCGGCGGUCUCUUCAAAUCUUCCGAACUCCUCAAUGGCAACAACUUCGGCUGCUUUGUCUACCAGCUCUCGGCACAGGCCAAGCCCGACAUUCUCCUUGGUGCCCUGACUAAGCUCACUGACGCUAUCGGCUCCCUUAUUGGCCCGCUAGGUUGCCCGCAGCUGCAGAAGAUAGACACCAAGCUGCUGCAGCAGUUCCCUGGCUACACUCAGAAGCCAGUCUACGGCUAGAAGAUUAUAUACGUAACGCGCAACGAUAAUGACUCUCUUCGGUGCAUAUAGGUAGUGUAGUUCGCCAAAUUAUCAUCAUUUCGUGUAAUUUCAAUCACGUUGUAGUAUGCAGUACUUGUCAAGAGUUGAUAGUGAAGGGGUGCUGCUCAUGGAAAUAUCUCUAUUCUUUGAAUCACUUACGCGCUAGAAGGGUCCUGUGUGAUCUGUCUCAGCAUCGAC